CACUUCCAUUCCUCCAUUUUUUUCGUUACCUUUAGCAUAGCAUAUGGCACAUCACAUCCACAUCCCUCCUCCGACCUUCCCAAAACCUUUCAAGAAAAAUGGAGUUCAAACACAAGAAUCGUUGGCUUUUGUCUAGGGAAUAAUAUUGCUGGCAACAAAUGAUAGACACCGCAAGGAUUCGCCGUAUUACCACGGGUGGAAUGUGUACAAAGGAAACUGUUUCCACAACUCAAAAUCCCCAGGGUGUUACGCACAUGGGACUUGCAGAGAAUCAGUUUUGCUGGAAAAUGUUUUCCAGGCUUUUGGUUUCCAUUUGCACUCAGAAAGGCUAUUGAGAAGUUCAUGGCCUAUUUCUAAGGAGUGCUUGGUCAAGAAGGGCAAAACAAAAACCUGGAAAAUAUUUCCCAACAAUACUGAUUUUCAGCAAGUCCCAUACGUAUAACACCCCUUGGGAUUUUGAGUUGGGUGGAAACGGUUUUCUUCGUAUGUAUUCCACCUGUGGAAAUACGGAGAAUCCGUUUAUCAUUUGUUGUAAUACUAGACAGAAGCUGGCGAUUCUUGUUUUUGAACUCUAUUGUUCUUAAUAAUGUUUUACGAAGGAA